UGGGCGCUUCUCUCACAACGAAAUCAUCCACACCUUUCCUACGGGGCAUGACCAUCAGAUCGAAGGGGAAGACACGGGAGUUGAAAAAAAACAUAAACAAGGGACUGGACCCGCUGCUCAUCAUUGUUGACACUUGACACGGGCCCUUCCGUUCUUCACCAGCCUAGGCCAGCCCAUCAGCCAUCAGCCGUCCCCCAUCCAACGUGGAACCCCCCAAACAACACAUUCGAGCUUGUACCUCUGUUCUUCAUCACCAUCACCAACUUCACUUUCUCCUCCUGGCCGUGGCCCAGUCUCCCACCCCGUAUAAAUAUUAUACUUUCACUUGCAACGAACGCCCUGUCAAUUGCUGAAAUUCGCUUUAUGCACAUUCGCUUUCAACCUAUCCACCAACAUGUCCAACCACAGAUACAACUCUUGGCUGAAGACCAAGAAGAAAGGCGAACUCGAGAAUCUUGCCGAGUCUGUUGGUCUCUCAGAUAUCGACGGCUACAAGAAAGAUGACCUUGGUGUGGCUCUUGAUAACUUCCUCACUGAGAACUCGACGCGCUUUCUCGCCAACCCCGAGCUCGCUGGCUACUUCAACAGUCGCUCCAAGGCCCAAGGAUCACCAGUCAAGAAAGAAGUGUUCCGUGAAGAUGCCCUGAAGGUAGUCCGGAGACGACCCUCCAAGGCUGUGGAAGAAGUGACCCCCGAAAGCGACGAUGCCUCUUCUCCCCAAGCUCCAUCGACAGCACUCGUCGAGACUCCUGGUCGCUCUCUGACCGAGGUCGCAUCGCGCAUCGCGCUUCCAGCCACCCCCGCUGAUGUUGCUCUCGCUGUUGAUCGCUCCACUAGUAUUGUGCGCCAGCGCGUCUCGUCACUUUAUGAGGAGAGUGGAAUCACUGAGGUCAGUCAUGCGACUCGCGACACUCUCAGCACCGUCACCAGCAUCCUAUUCUGCGUCGCGGGUUGGGAGCUUUGGAACGUUCGGCGCGAAAUUCUGAGCAAUGUUUACGCGUUUACAAUUCCCGCCAUCAGCGCACUCGGCACAUCGGACUACCCUGUCUAUGUUCCCGAUAUGUUCCUUCUUCUGACGUCUAGCUUCUGGUCUCCAGCCUUGACUUGGAUACUGACCAGCGUCAUCAUCCCCUCUUUUGCUGGUUACUUCUUCAACCUGAGCGCGACAAGCCCCCCACCUUCGCGCGGACGCCCUCGCCCAAGCCAUGCCGACUAUGUCGUCGAUCCCUUGACUUUCAGCAUCGUCAAAGCCUUGGUUUCAUUCGUUGUUUACGGGCAAGGCGUUAAUUUUGGCGGUCUUCUGAACGAUCUGUCUAUAAUGCGCCUCGAGAACGCCAUCUAUGGUGGCUAUAAGGGUAUCCUGACGGGCACUGCUGUCACUGCAGUGGUCAGCAUUUAUGACGCCGUUCUGAGGAAGUAAGAUGUUUCGAGGUGAGCCCAUUGUUAUACAGGGUUACUGAUUCUCGACAACCUCAUAUACGAUUUGGGAAGCAGCAGCAGAGAUGACGAGCAACCUGUAUCACUCGUAUACUCAGCGACACUCGCUUGAGUUUUACAGUCUUGCCGUAACUCGGAAACUUGCAUUUGGGCGUCAUGGCGUUGGAGGGGCUUUGAGUGUUGAAGGCGUCAGGGGAUUUUGAUACCUCGAGGAUAACUGUGUUCUCUUGUCUUUGCCUCUUCAAGAUGGUACUUUUGGGUUAAGCAAGUCGUUGUGAUGCGCCUUUGCCUGCGAUCUGAAGCGUUCACCAGCCCUUCGUCGUUGAACGAAGUCGAAUGUGAGUGACGGGGCAAGGGAUUCCCCGGAAACGCACGAAAUGGGGAGCGCAUAUUGCUCUAUACUAUAUUGACGGCCAGCCUGGACCUGGCAUUUAGUUCUUUUUAAAUUGAUAUUUUGGUGUCAUUCUGAGUUGGGACAUGGAGACGGGUUAGUUGGAAGAAGGCGCCUUCAAUUGAAUGGAUAAUGGCUGAGCUUUAUAGUAUUGACUUUCGAAUUAUGAACAGAUAUAUGUCCUGAAUGACUCUUCUUCUCCCCUCCUACAUUCCAAAAGACCACUGUCCAUCACCAAUUCUUGAAUAACAAGGUCUUGAUCACGAAUGAACUAUGACAACAGAGGCCUCCCUUUCGUGCU